AUGUCGUUCGCAGAAGAAGCCAAGUCGGACGUGCCGACCCUCCCUGGGACACACUCGGGCAUCCCCCCGUUCCUUCUCGAGAAGGCCCGCCGGGCAAAGGCAGGCAUCUUUGAGGGACGCACAAAACCGCAGAAGGAGCGGCAGAGAUUGCCAGUGGUGCCUCAGGGCAUCGAGAGAGACGACUUCCUCAAGGCCUUGGCCGAGCUGAAGGAACUGCUUGGAGAUGGAAACGUCGAGAUCAACGACAAGCCUCUCCGAGAUGGGUGGUACAUGGAACACCCCAACACGCACGACAUGAUGACAAUCCUCGACGAGGAGGAAUUUGUUGCCUCGGCGGUCGUCUAUCCGGGCAGCACCGAGGAAGUGCAGCAGGUCGUACUGUGGGCCAACAAGCACCGCGUGCCCAUCUUCCCCAUCUCGAUGGGCCGGAACCUCGGAUACGGCGGCGCGGCGCCGCGCGUCCGCGGCUCCGUGACAGUCGACCUCGGCAGGCGCAUGAACAAAAUCCUCGACAUCAACGCCGAGGACUACACAUGCCUCGUCGAGCCGGGCGUGUCGUUCUACGCGCUGUAUGAGGCGCUCAAGGAGCGCGGCCUGGAGGAGCACAUGUGGAUCGACACGCCCGACCUCGGCGGCGGGUCGGUGAUCGGCAACACGGUCGACCGAGGGGUCGGCUACACGCCGUACGGCGACCACUGGGCCUGCCACUCCGGCUUGGAGGUCGUGCUGCCCACGGGAGAGGUCAUCCGGACGGGCAUGGGCGCGCUGCCAAACAAUAACACGUGGCAGGCGUUUCCGUACGGGUUCGGGCCGUAUUCCGAUGGCAUCUUCUCGCAGUCUAAUUUUGGGAUAGUCACCAAGAUGGGCAUGACACUGAUGCCGAACCCUGGAGGUUACGAGUCUUUCAUGUACACAUUCCCCAAUGACGAUGAUCUCGCGCAGUUGAUCGACAUCAUCCGCCCGCUCCGGAUCUCCAACAUCCUCGAGAACGUCGCCCAAGUGCGCCACGUCACCCAAUACAUCGCCGCCUCCGGCCACCCGCGCAGCAAGUUCUACACGGGGCCGGGCCCGGUCCCGCAGGACGUCAUCCGCGCGGCGGCGGCGGAGACGCCGGUGGGCGACCACGCGUGGGCGUACUACGGGAUGGCGUACGGGCCGGCGCACAUCCGGGCGCACAAGCUGGCGCUGAUCGACCGCGAGUUCCGGCGGAUCCCGGGGGCGCGGCGGAUCGACCCGGCCACGCUGCCGGCGGACGAGUACUUCUGGUCGCGCGACCGGGUGGCGCGCGGCGUGCCCGACAUCCACGAGCUGCGCUGGGUCAACUGGGCGCCCAACGGGGCGCACAUCGCCUUCAGCCCCGUCAGCCCGAUCCGCGGCGCCGACGCCCGCCGCCUGUUCGCCCUCGGCCGCCGCCUCCACGACAAGUACGGCAUCGACUUCUUCCCGGCCUUCUGCGUCGGCCUCAGGGAGAUGCACCUGAUCGUGGAGAUCGUGUUCGACCGCGACGAUGCGGCGAACAAGGCGGCCGCGCUGGCCUGCCUGCGCGAUCUGGUCGACGAGGCCGCCCGCGAGGGCUACGGCGAGUACCGGACGCACCUGGUGCUGAUGGACCAGGUGGCUGGAACGUACUCCUGGAACGAUGGCGCGCUGAUGAAGUUCAACGAGCGGUUGAAGGACGCGCUGGAUCCCAACGGCAUCUUGGCGCCGGGCCGGUGCGGCAUCUGGCCCAGGCGCUACCGGGGAAGAGGCUGGGAGAUGACGAGGGAGAGCGGUGAAAGGUCCGAGGGGAACGGUGUCGAGCCUGCCUAA